GUGGAGGUGGAGGUGGAUAUGACAACCAAAACACUAAUUUCUCGCCCGAAGCUCGACCUUCUCAACUGGGUGACAGGGGCGUUAAGGAGAUGUCUGAGGGAGACGAGGAUCUGCCCAGAGAUGCAAAGAUUGUGAAAACACUUCUGAAAUCAAUGGGAGUUGAAGAUUAUGAACCCCGAGUUAUACACCAGUUUCUUGAGCUGUGGUAUCGUUACGUUGUUGACGUAUUGACGGAUGCGCAAGUAUACUCGGAGCAUGCAGCCAAGGCUGCUAUCGACUGUGAUGAUGUGAAGCUUGCCAUCCAGUCCAAAGUUAAUUUCAGCUUCUCUCAACCUCCUCCAAGAGAGGUUCUUCUAGAGUUGGCUAGAAACCGGAAUAAAAUUCCAUUGCCAAGGUCAAUAGGCGGGCCUGGUAUCGCGCUCCCACCCGAUCAAGAUACAUUGCUCAGUCCCAACUAUCAACUGGCAAUCCCGAGGAAGCGACAAGUUGAAGCCAUGGAGGAAACAGAGGAGGACGAAGGUGUCGACGCAGUUCCAUCCCAAGAACCCAGCACAGAAGUACCUCAACAACAUACCCCACAGAGAGUAUCUUUCCCUUUGUCUAAACGUCCAAAAAUAACAUAGCUGUUUUCCCUUCUUGUUUCGCUUUCCUCUACUUCCCCAAUUAAAAGGGUGUUUGAAAUUUCAUAUAGAUUCACUCAAAGUUGGGGGAGGUAUUGUUGGAUGUUAUCAAUCUAUUGUAUAAUACUGUGUUUAAGAAUGAACUCCAAACAAGAAUGCUUCAAUUUUGAUUAUGAACUUUGUUGAAUUUCAGUUA